CAUGGAGUAAUGGGAAUUCAAGGCCCAACAGGACCUCAAGGAUUUGUGGGUCCUCCUGGGUUAUCAGGAUUGAAAGGAGAAAGGGGCUCCCCAGGCCGUCUGGGACCAUAUGGUCCAAAAGGAGAUAAGGGUCCUAUGGGAGUUCCUGGCUUUCUUGGCAUCAAUGGGAUUCCAGGCCACCCUGGGCAGCCAGGCCCCAGAGGUCCACCUGGUUUAGAUGGCUGUAAUGGAACUCAAGGAGCUGUUGGAUUUCCAGGCCAUGAUGGGUAUCAUGGGAUUCUAGGACCACCCGGACUUCCUGGUCGUAAAGGUUCAAAGGGUGAACCUGCCCCCCCUCAAGGCAGUUUCGUUGGAAUGGAGGGAGAUCCUGGGCUGCCUGGCCUGGAUGGAAUCUCUGGCCCACAAGGACCACCUGGAUCUCCUGGAGGUGCAGGAUCCAUGGGACCCCCAGGAUUACAAGGUCCUCCAGGCCCACCUGGCCUUCCUGGUCCUGAUGGAAAUAUGGGGUUAGGUUUUCAAGGAGAAAAAGGAGUCAAGGGGGAUGUUGGUCUCCCUGGACCUGCAGGACCACCACCAUCUACAGGGGAGCUAGAAUUCAUGGGGUUCCCCAAAGGGAAAAAAGGAUCCAAGGGUGUACCAGGGCUUCCAGGUUUCCCAGGCUACCCUGGCUUCCCGGACUUGGAAUCUAUUGGAGAAAAGGGAGAAAAGGGAAUCCUUGGUCUGCCAGGACUAAGGGGUCCCAUGGGCUCCGGAGGAGUGCAAGGCCCUCCAGGGAGACAGGGCGAGAGGGGAUCCCCAGGCUUUCCUGGGUUUAAUGGAUUCAUAGGAGUUAAGGGUGAAAGGGGUAGCAUUGGCCUUCCAGGUCCAGACAUUUUCACCGAUAUCAAUGGUGCUGUGAUCUCAGGUUAUCCUGGAGACACUGGUGUACCAGGUGUCCCAGGUCUUAGAGGAGAUGAAGGCAUCCAGGGCCAGCGUGGCCCUUCUGGAAACCCUGGCCUUCCAGCCUUAACAGGUAUACCAGGUGCCCCAGGGCCUCAGGGAUUUCCAGGCCUCAAGGGAGACCAAGGAAACCCAGGACAUACAACAAUUGGAGCAGCAGGCCUUCCCGGCAAAAUUGGUUUACCUGGCUUACCAGGAGCAAUGGGUCUACCUGGCCCAGCAUUUAAGACUGAAAUUCUGCAUGACACAAAGCCAGGGUUCCCUGGUCUCCCAGGAGAACAAGGUCAAAAAGGAGAACCAGGCCUCAAAGGAAUAAAAGGAGACUCUGGUUUCUGUUCUUGUGAUGGUGGUAUCCACAAUGCUGGACCACCUGGAGAACCAGGCCUACCUGGCCCACAAGGUCUCAUUGGCCUUCCAGGCCUUAAAGGAACCAGAGGAGAUCCAGGCUCUGGGGGUACACGUGGCCCAGCAGGGGCUCCAGGUUUAUUUGGGCCUCCGGGUCAUGCUGGCCCCAAAGGAAAGAAGGGUGAACCAACAGCCCAUAGAGGAUCUGGGUUGCCAGGUGAGAAAGGUGAUUCUGGCCACCGGGGGAUCCCUGGGAUAACAGGAGUACCUGGAAUGGAUGGAGUGCCUGGCUUACGAGGUCUACCAGGCCUUCGGGGAGAUGAUAGACAUGGAUUCCCAGGUGAAAAAGGGCUCCCAGGACUUCCUGGUGAAAAGGGCCAACAGGGUCCACCUGGAUCCCCAGGAACUGGACUUCCAGGACUUCCUGGACCUCGUGGGCUUCCUGGAGAUAAAGGAGUGGAUGGAAUACCAGGGAAACAAGGCCUCCAUGGGCCUCAAGGAAUCACCUUGCCCUGUAUUAUUCCCGGGUCAUAUGGUCCAUCAGGUGUCCCAGGAGCUCCCGGAUUACCAGGUCCUAAAGGGGUCCAAGGUCUUCCCGGGACACCAGGCAAGCCUGGAUCUCCAGGAAAUAAAGGAGAGCCUGGAAGUCCAGGGUUAAUUCAACUCCCAGAACUGCCAGGAUUUCCUGGAUCUCAUGGAGAAAAGGGCUUGCCUGGCUUUCCUGGGCUUCCUGGAAAAGAUGGCUUGCCUGGAAACUCUGGCAGUCCAGGCUUACCAGGUUCCAAGGGAGUCCCAGGUGACGUCUUUGGUGCUGAAAAUGGUGCUCCAGGGGAGCCAGGAAUACAGGGAUUGCCAGGAGACAAAGGAUUUCCUGGAGACUCUGGCCUUCCAGGACCCAAUGGUUUUCAUGGGAGACCUGGCUUACUAGGCCCCAAAGGUGAGCGGGGCAGCCCUGGAGCAUCAGGACAAAUAGGACAGCCAGGCCCCCCAGGGGCUAAUGACCUAUAUGGCAUCAAGGGAAAAUCUGGGCACCCAGGUUCACCAGGCCUUCCAGGCACUUCAGGACAUCCUGGAAAGAAAGGUCUGAAAGGCGAGGCGGGUCAACCUGGAUCAACUACAAAAGAAGGCGUACCUGGGAUAAAAGGCCUUCCUGGAUCUCCAGGGCUAAUUGGUGUCUUAGGGAACCCAGGCUUGCCGGGGGUCACAGGUUUGCCAGGCCUCCCAGGUCAAAAGGGUGAAAAGGGAUCCCCUGGACCAGCAGGUUUCCCAGGAAUACAAGGUCUUCCUGGCAUCCCUGGAGCAAGUGGAGUAAAGGGAGCUCCUGGGUCACCUGGAAAGAUGGGAACAUCUGGAUGGGCUGGUAGCCCUGGUGAGAAAGGAGACAGAGGUGAUCCAGGGCCAGUUGGAGUACCCAUUCCAAGACCUCCAAUGCUCAACCUUUGGUUCAAAGGAGACAAAGGCUCUCAGGGUUCAGCUGGAUCAGAUGGAUUUCCUGGACCCAGAGGUGACAAAGGAGAGGCUGGCCAUCCAGGGUCACCAGGCCUACCUGGAGCUCCUGGUCUCCCCAGUACAAUCAAAGGGCUUAGUGGGAGGCCAGGCCCCCCUGGCGCCCUGGGACUACAGGGCUUACCUGGCCUGAAGGGGUCCCCAGGAAUCACAGGUUUCCCAGGAAUGCCAGGAGAACCUGGUUCACGAGGUCUCAUUGGGGCUUCUGGGUUCCCAGGAACAACUGGUCUCCCAGGUUCAAAAGGAGAUCAAGGCCAGACAUUUGACAUUUUUGGUAGCCCAGGACCCAAGGGAAAACCAGGCGAUCCAGGUUUUAAAGGUAUAAAAGGGAAAGAUGGACUGAUUGGUGAUAAAGGCUUUCCAGGGCCCAAAGGUCAAGAUGGAGAAGAUGGUAUUUCUGGAGAUGCUGGCCUUCCUGGUUCCCCAGGACUUCCAGGAAUUACAGGGAUGAGAGGAGAUCCAGGACUUCCAGGUUCCUCUGGUCAUCCAGGGUCAACUGGGCUCCUGGGACCAUCUGGCUUAAUAGGACCUAAAGGAUUCUCUGGGCUUCCUGGUUUACAUGGACUGAAUGGGCUUCCAGGAACCAAGGGUACUCAUGGAACUCCAGGAUCCAGUAUCACUGGUGUUCCUGGGCCUGCUGGCCUGCCUGGUCCAAAAGGAGAAAAAGGCAUGCCAGGAAUUGUCAUUGGAGCUCCAGGGCAACCAGGUCCAAGAGGACAAAAAGGUGGUCGAGGAUUCCCAGGUCUCCAAGGACCUGCUGGUCCUGCUGGAGCUCCAGGCAUCUCCUUGCCCUCAGUCACAGCAGGACGGCCUGGUGACCCAGGUCCACCAGGCCUAGAUGGAGAACGAGGCCGUCCAGGCCUCCAAGGUUCCCCAGGUCCCCCUGGACCAUCCUCAGAUCAAGGUGACACUGGAGACCCUGGCUACCCUGGAAUUCCUGGCCUUCAAGGGCCCAAGGGAGAUCAAGGAAUUUCAGGCUUCUCUGGUCUCCCUGGAAAUCUAGGACUGAAAGGAGUACGAGGUGAGCCUGGCUUCAUGGGGACUCCAGGCAAGAUUGGGCCACAAGGAGACCCAGGAUUUCCUGGCAUGAAGGGGAAAGCAGGGCCAAGAGGCUUUCCUGGUCCCCAAGGUGCUCCUGGACGAACACCAAUUGCAGAAGUUAUCCAGGCUCCUCCCGGACCCCUGGGUCUUCCAGGCCUCGAAGGCAUCCCUGGCCUCACAGGGGACCCUGGGCUCCAAGGCCCUAUUGGCCUCCAAGGCCCCAAAGGUUCACCUGGUAUUCCUGGAAAAGAUGGUCCUAGUGGGCUUCCAGGCCCACCUGGGACACUCGGUGAUCCUGGUCUCCCUGGAUUACAAGGCCCUCCAGGAUUUGAAGGAGUUCCAGGGAAGCAAGGCCCCUUUGGGAGGCCUGGGAUACCCGGGCCCAGUGUGCAAGUGGGCUACACAUUGGUGAAACACAGUCAAUCGGAGCAGGUGCCACAGUGCCCCAUAGGGAUGAGUCAACUGUGGGUGGGCUACAGUUUGCUGUUCGUGGAGGGACAGGAGAAGGCCCAUAAUCAGGACCUAGGGUUUGCUGGCUCCUGCCUGCCCCGCUUCACCACCAUGCCCUUUAUCUACUGCAACAUCAAUGAAGUGUGCCACUAUGCCAGGCGCAAUGAUAAAUCCUACUGGCUCUCUACUACUGCCCCCAUUCCCAUGAUGCCUGUCGGCCAGGCCCAGAUUCCUCAGUACAUCAGCCGCUGUUCUGUGUGUGAGGCACCCUCUCAAGCCAUUGCUGUGCACAGCCAAGACAUCACCAUCCCUCAGUGCCCUCUGGGCUGGCGCAGCCUCUGGAUCGGGUAUUCCUUCCUCAUGCACACUGCCGCUGGGGCUGAAGGUGGUGGCCAGUCCCUGGUUUCCCCAGGCUCGUGCCUCGAGGACUUCCGGGCUACACCUUUCAUCGAAUGCAACGGUGCCCUAGGCACCUGCCACUACUUUGCCAACAAGUACAGUUUCUGGCUGACCACAGUGGAGGAGAAGCAGCAGUUUAGGGAAGAUCCUGUGUCUGAGACGCUGAAAACUGGGCAGCUACACACCCGGGUGAGCCGCUGCCAGGUGUGUAUGAAAAGCCUGUAGGCUGGUGCCCACCAUGCUGCCCCUGCCCUACCCUUCCAUGCUCAGGGGUCACCUCACAAGCUUAACAAUGCGAGGAAGGAAGGCCUGAGCUCUUGUGCCUACCUGUCAAAUAGAUUGGACUGAACAUCCAGACCCUAAUCACCCCAGCCCUCAAGCCCAAUAGCUGGGCCUUACUGUCCUAUCUCCAGCAACCUGGUGCUAUUAUUCCAUUUGGAUGUUUGCCUGUAUAUUCAUGGAUACCUCAGAAAGAUUUGCUGGGUCAACAUUUUCUUUUUUUCU